GAAGAAAUGAAAAACAGAACAUCUGUGGGGGAGUUUAUCCUUUUGGGAUUAACAAAUGACCCAAAACUAAACAUCUUGGUUUUCAUAUUUCUAUUUCUCACUUAUAUUUUGAGCAUUACUGGAAAUCUGACCAUAAUUACUCUCACUCUGGUAGAGUCACAACUCAAGACGCCCAUGUACUUCUUUCUUCGGAAUUUCUCUUUCCUAGAAAUCUCCUUUACCACAGUUUGCAUUCCUCGGUUCCUUGUGAGCAUUGUGACGGGGGAUAGGACCAUCUCCUAUAAUUCUUGCAUGGCCCAGGUGUUCUUCUUCAUACUCCUGGGUUCGAUUGAAUUUUUCCUUCUGGCUGCUAUGUCCUAUGACCGCUAUGUGGCUAUCUGUAAGCCCUUGCAUUAUACCACAAUAAUGAGCAGCAGGGUCUGCGUCCAGCUCGUAAUCAGCUCUUGGCUGGCUGGAUUUCUCAUCAUCUUCCCACCUGUGAUCAUGGGGCUCCAACUGGACUUCUGUGACUCCAACAUCAUUGACCACUUUGCCUGCGACUCCUCUCCCAUGUUGCUCAUCUCCUGCACAGACACAGCCUUCCUGGAGCUCUUGGCAUUCUUCCUGGCAAUAUUCACUCUCAUGGUAACAUUAACAUUAGUGAUUCUCUCCUAUCUCUUCAUCCUUAAGACAAUCCUAAGAAUCCCUUCUGCUGAGCAAAGGAAAAAGGCCUUUUCUACCUGUUCCUCCCACAUGAUUGUUGUCUCCAUUUCCUAUGGAAGCUGUAUAUUCAUGUAUGUCAAAACUUCUGCAAAAGAAGGAGUGGCUUUGACUAAGGGUGUAGCGGUCCUCAACACCUCUGUGGCCCCAAUGCUGAAUCCUUUUAUUUACUCCCUUAGAAACAAACAAGUGAAAGAAUCCUUUAAGAACUUGGUCAAAAAAUGUGUGUCAAAUAAAAUUUAA